CAGUAGAACUUUACAGUUACAGACAUACUCACUCUGUGCCUCACAUUUGGGCUUAAGACUGACAAUCAUAAGAAGCAAAAGGGGGUAAAAAGAGACAGAAAAGAAGAGGACAGUCAUUCUGUGCCAUGUUGGCUGAAGGUUUUCUCAGAGUGCUGCGUUACAGGGAGGAGAGAAAGUUUGCCUCUGCUUCCAAGCUAAAGAGAUCGCAGACACACACUCAUUGUACGAAUCCGUUCAACUGUAUUCUCUCCGACUCAAACUCUACAGACCUACAGACAGAUUCAGCUGAAGCAGUUUCAAACAAGGAAGAACUAGACCCAACCCAAUUCCAGGGACUGAAAGUGAUGCCUCAAGGUUCAGUAGGCCUCUCAAUCCCUGGGUGUCCACCUGUCCUCACCCUGGACCCUGACUUUACAGUUUGCUUAGACAAUUGUAGCCUCCUGCAACAGUAUCCUGACCUGCAGGUGGCUGACUCAGGCUGCAUCUCACACAACCUACUGAGAGCCACCAUCACCCAGCCCGGUCUUGUCUCUAACGCAUGGUGUCAACCAGAAUGGGCAGUCCAACAGGUGCAGCAAGGUGAGACUGUUUCAUCUGUACCCGACCAGGGUUAUCUGGUUAUGGGGGCCAGUGUGAAUAUCAGCAUGGAUCUACCUGGAUCAGGUUUGGAGCCUAUGUCUAACUCUGUGCUGAAUGGGCUGCUGGACAAACAACUGGAGGAGGUGUACAUGCAGCAUCUGACUGACAACUUGGCUCGAUGUAACUCCGACCUGGGGAACAGCCUCCUGCACGGCCUGGUGCCUCCGCCGCAGCCUAGCAGCCAGCUGCAGGGGCCCGACUCACUGGAGGCCAGUCUGGAAGAAGCGUCAGGAGGGGACAACGGCAAGAAGAUUAGUUAUCUGAGCACCCAGAACUUACUUCCCUGUUCAUCCAACUUCAGCUCCCCUGUGCUGAGGAUUUCAGAGGCUGACAAUACUCAUCUGUAAUGAAUGUAAUCAUGCAGACACUCUGCAAAAGUAUUAAAUGUGAUGCUCAACUAUGUGUUUUGCUUCUGCACUUCUACACUUCCAAGUUGACACAUACCUGCAUGCAACUGAGACAUGAAAACAAGUGCAAUUCAGUAAAUCGAUGCAUGCUUUUAUUUUUGUUUACCUGUAUUUACACAAUGUCUUUGUUUACUUGCUUGAUAAAAUGAUGCCUCAAAUGUACCUGCUCCCAUGUGCCAUCUGCUGUUAGAUUUUAGUACCACACCAUCCUGAAUUUACCUGACAUGCAUGAGAAUUUAUUUUAUUGACAUUAUCAGUGGGUGUGUGUAAGGUAUGUAUUAUAUUGAAGCAAAUUGUGAUCCAGUGUAAGCUUAGUGAAUAGAGAUGUAACCUAGUGUAAAUUAAUCCAUAUGGUCUAAAAAAAUAAAAAUAAAAUAUUCAUUAAAUCAGGA